CCCGGGGCCGCGAGCUGGGAGCGCGGAGCCGGGAGCUGAGCGCGCCGGGCUGGGGCCGGGGCCGGAGAGGAGCGGAGCGGAGAGGGAGCGCACCCGCCCCAGCCCCGAGUCGGCCGCCUUCCCGCCCGCCGCAGCGCUGGCCAGCGGCCGCCGCCCAGCCAUGGAGCCGGACAACAGCCCCCGGAAGAUCCAGUUCACGGUCCCGCUGCUGGAGCCGCACCUUGACCCCGAGGCAGCGGAGCAGAUUCGGAGGCGUCGCCCCACUCCUGCCACCCUCGUGCUGACCAGUGACCAGUCAUCCCCAGAGAUAGAUGAAGACCGGAUCCCCAACCCCCUUCUCAAGUCCACUUUGGCCAUGUCUCCACGGCAACGGAAGAAGGUGACGAGGACCACACCUACAAUGAAAGAGCUCCAGAUGAUGGUUGAACAUCACCUGGGGCAACAGCAACAGGGAGAGGAACCUGAGGGAGCCGCUGAGAGCACAGGGACCCAGGAGACCUGCCCACUUGGGACCACAGACACAGAAGCGGAGUCAAGGCUGGGCACCUCUGGGAAACCACAAAAGCCUGCAGAAUCCACCCCAAAACCUCAGGAGAGGGGCAGUGAGAAACCCAGCACAGAGGAACCCUCAACCCAUAUACCACCACUGGAUCCCCAGGGAGCCAACUCGGUCUGAGAGUGGAGGAGACACCCUGGAUACAAGACUGCAAUUGGGAGUGUGUGCACACUGGAUUUGUUUAUUUCUUCAUUUUGGGGGGGAAAAUCUCUUGUUUUUAAAAAGUGAUAAAUUUGGUGUUAGGUC